AGAAGGCGGAUCCACAACCUGGAAGUUGUGCGUUACGAAUGAACGGUUUUCUCUUUUAAAACUGUUACAUUUCGAAGUAAUGUCAAGGAUAGUUCUUGAGCCGGUGUGUUAGCAUUUCAAAGAUAACCGGAGCAUUUCUUCCUAACUGUAAAAUCCAUACGUGCAGGUAAGGUUCAGGUUCAGGUGAGUGAUGCCUGUAGAGUCCAGCAGUGACUGUCCCCAUCUGGAGUGUGUUGGAGAAAUCACCAAGGAUGAACUGAUCCACAAGUCACAUGGCCAGUGUCAAGACUGCAAGGUUGGAGGACCAAAUCUGUGGGCGUGUCUGGAGAACACCUGUGCCUAUGUGGGCUGUGGAGAAUCUCAUGCUGACCAUAGCACUGUCCACUCACAGGAGACGCGGCACAACCUGACGGUGAACCUGACCACUCUGAGGGUGUGGUGUUAUGCCUGUGGGAAAGAGGUGUUUGUGGAGCGUAAACUGGGCCCUCAGUGCCCUGUCCCCAGCACCAAGACCCUCGCUUCACCUCUCACCAACAACACACAGUUCCAGGAGUGUAGCAGGGCGCAGGGCAGUCCCACUUCUCUGAGACUGCCCCUUACUAAUGGCUGUGAAGACCUGGGCAUGGAGACGGAGGAGGAGGACGAGCUACGCGCCAGAGGUCUGACGGGUCUGAAGAACAUCGGGAACACCUGCUAUAUGAAUGCAGCCCUGCAGGCCCUCUCCAACUGUCCUCCUCUAACCCAGUUCUUUGUGGAGUGUGGAGGUCUGGUGAGGACAGACAAGAAGCCGGCUCUGAGUAAGAGCUACCAGAAACUGGUGUCAGACCUCUGGCACAAGAACAGGCCAUCCUACGUGAUCCCUACCAAUCUGUUCCAGGGGAUCAAGGCUGUUAACCCCAUGUUCAGAGGAUACUCCCAACAGGACUCUCAGGAGUUCCUGCGCUGUCUGAUGGACCAGCUCCACGAGGAGCUGAAGGAGCCACUGGCCGAGCCCCCCGACAACGACCAACACUCGCACGCCAUCGCCAUGGACGACUGCCCCGAGGACGACAGCCGCAGCCAAUCCGACGGAGACUUCCAGUCGUGCGAGUCUUGCGGCAGCAGCGAGCGGGCGGACAACAAAGGCGGGAGCGGGAUGGUCGGUCGGCGGCGUCCGGGGGAGGGGUCUAACGAGGCAGAGAUGCUGAUCCCUGAUGUACCUGACUCCUCCCACUCCUCGCGUCAGACCAAUAGGGAGUGGCAGAAGGAGAAGAACUUGAUCAACAACCUCUAUCGGGGGUCAGGGGGCGCAGGGUUGUCUGGGGGAGACCUGUAUAAAGACGUGGAUACCACUUCCGAGGCCGUGCCCACCAUCAGUAACCAGGGAGCCAUCAAGGUCCAGAUACAGGGAAGCAUGGCUGGCUACCUGCCGCCCCUCCACUCUAACCACUACACCCGACCCCAGACCCCAGUCCCCAUGGAAGGACACUCCUUCACCAAGAUGUCCUCCAGUCCACCCAGGAACAACUGUGUCUGGCCAGGAAUCUCCUCCAACCAUCUGAAAAUGACCUCGUUUUCCUCACAGAAGAGCAAGCGUCAGAAGAAGUACCGUAGUGUGAUAUCGGACGUGUUUGACGGGACCAUUGUCAGCUCAGUGCAGUGUCUGACCUGCGAUAGGGUGUCAGUGACGCUAGAGAACUUCCAGGACCUGUCCCUGCCCAUCCCAGGUAAGGAGGACCUGGCUAAACUCCACUCCUCCUCCCAUCAGACCUCUCUGGUCAAGGCUGGGUCCUGUGGUGAGGCCUACGCUGCUCAGGGAUGGGUCGCCUUCGUCAUGGAAUACAUCAAGAGCUGGUUCUGGGGUCCUGUGGUGACCCUACAGGACUGUCUGGCUGCCUUCUUUGCCCGGGACGAGCUGAAAGGAGACAACAUGUACAGCUGUGAGAAAUGCAAGAAAUUACGGAACGGAGUGAAAUUCUGUAAAGUUCAGAGUGUUCCUGAGAUCCUGUGCAUCCACCUGAAGCGGUUUAGACACGAGCUGAUGUUCUCCACUAAGAUCGGGACUCACGUCUCCUUCCCAUUGGAGGGCCUGGACCUGCAGCCCUUCCUGGCCAAGGAUAGCUCCGCCCACACCACCUCCUACGACCUGCUGUCGGUCAUCUGUCACCAUGGCACCGCCAGCAGUGGUCACUACAUAGCCUACUGCAGGAAUGACCUGAAUAACCUCUGGUAUGAGUUUGACGACCAGAGCGUCACGGAGGUGUCAGAGUCCUGCGUCCAGAACGCUGAGGCCUACGUCCUGUUCUACAAGAAGAGCAACGAGGAGGCGCUGAAGGAGAGGAGGAGGGUGACCGGUCUACUGAACAUGACAGAGCCCAGCCUGCUACAGUUCUACGUCUCCAGACAGUGGCUCAACAAGUUCAAGACCUUCGCUGAGCCUGGACCAAUCUCCAACGACAACUUCCUCUGUUCACACGGAGGUGUGCCGCCUGCCAAAGCAGCGUUCAUUGAUGAUCUGGUCGUGAUGCUGCCUCAGAACGUGUGGGACCACCUCUACAGCAGGUAUGGAGGCGGGCCUGCUGUCAACCACCUGUAUGUGUGUCACACGUGCCAGACGGAGAUUGAGAAGUUGGAGAAGAGACGCAAGACUGAGUUGGACAUGUUUGUCCGGCUGAACAAGGCGUUUCAGGAGGAAGAAUCUCCAGUGGUCAUAUACUGCAUCAGCAUGCAGUGGUUCAGAGAGUGGGAGAGCUUCGUCAAGGGAAAGGACAAUGAUCCACCAGGACCAAUCGAUAACUCUAAGAUAGCAAUCAACAAGAACGGCCAUCUAACACUCAAACAAGGGGCUGACUCAGGGCAGAUCUCUGAGGAGACCUGGAACUUUCUCCACUCCAUGCAUGGAGGGAGUCCGGUCGUCACGGUCCGGCCCAACGUCUCUCACCACGAACCGGAGGCGUCCUCGCAGUCCGAGGAGAAGAUGGAGGUGGAGACACGCUCCGUUUAACACUACCUAGUCAACAACACCAACAGGAAACCCCCCCAACGCCAGCCCUGAGAACAACCCCCCCCCCCCAACGCCAGCCCUGAGGUCAACCUCCCCCCAACGCCAGCCCUGAGGACAACCUCCCCCAACGCCAGCCCUGAGGUCAACCUCCCCCAACCCCCCCAACGCCAGCCCUGAGGACUACAACAACUAAAGCCUUUUUAUUUUGCACUUUUUAUUUUUUUUUCAAAAGCAUUCGAUCAAACGACCCCUUUAACCUUGACCUCCACAACAUGACGUCUCUACUUGACUAUUGGACAGAAGGAAUAAACUUGUCUGAAAAUGAUAUGACAGUCAUGUUUGUACAUAGAUGUAUAAAUAUCUAAUUUCUAUUAGCACUGCAAAAUAAUGCGUGGAAACGGCGUCAGGUCGUUUCCAGAACUAAACGGCGUCAGGUCGUUUCCAGAACUAAACGGCGUCCGGUCGUUUCCAGAACUAAACGGCGUCCGGUCGUUUCCAGAACUAAACGGCGUCCGGUCGUUUCCAGAACUAAACGGCGUCCGGUCGUUUCCAGAACUAAACGGCGUCCGGUCGUUUCCAGAACUAAACGGCGUCCGGUCGUUUCCAGAACUAAACGGCGUCCGGUCGUUUCCAGAACUAAACGGCGUCCGGUCGUUUCCAGAACUAAACGGCGUCCGGUCGUUUCCAGAACUAAACGGCGUCCGGUCGUUUCCAGAA